UAUGUGUAUGGAUGGGUCAGCAGUGAGUCUCCAGCUGCUGAGCGGAGUGGAGCGCACAGCACCGCGAACACACCAAACCCGUUCCUCCACUGGACUCCCUUUUACUUUACCUUUAAUCUGAAUGACAGACUUUGGACAGAAGACACAGAAACAUGGAGGGACGGGCUUGUUCGUUAUCUUUACGAGGAACUUUAUCUGUCUUUUUCUUCACCAUGCUGCUAGAGCCCGGGACCCCCGGUAUGCCCCCUUUUUACUCUAUGAGCCAGCUUUGUAAGUUCUGUGAUCUUGAGCUGUCCUCAUGUAGCGGUACAGGGAACUGCAUGUCCAACUGCUCCAUCACAUCCAUCUGCAUGGGGAGCAACGAGGUCUGUGUCGCUAUCUGGAGGAAGAAUGAAACAGGCUUCUCUAUUGAAACUCUCUGCCAUGACCCGUCCAAGCCACUGUAUGGCGUAAUGCUGGAGGGCUACAACAGCUCCACCUGUGUGAUGAAGGAGAAGAACACAACAACUGGGUUGGCUCACUUCUGCUCCUGCACCAAUGAUGAAGAGUGUAACGACAGGCUUUACUUCUCCCCUACUACAACUCAAGAUCCAUUGGUCUCUGUGAUCCUGGUGAUCCUGCUGCCCCUGCUGGUGAUGGGGAUCAUGGUUGCGGGAAUGUUCUACUGGUACAGAACCUACCGGCAACGCAUGCUCAACCAAGAAUGGGAUCGCAGCAUUAAGAAACGUAAGCCAAGAGCUGGUGGGCUGGACUGCAGUGACGCCUGUGCCAUCAUGAUGGAUGAUGACAGGUCAGACAGCAGCUCGACCCACGCCAACAACCUGAACCACAACACUGAGCCCCUACCUAUAGAUCUGGAUCUGCUGGUGGGCAAAGGUCGUUUCGCUCAGGUAUACAAGGCUAAGCUGAAGCAGACCACCUCAGAUCAGUUUGAAACUGUGGCUGUGAAGAUUUUCCCCUAUGAGGAGUACGCUUCCUGGAAGAAUGAGAAAGACAUUUUCUCCAAUACAGACCUCCGACAUGAAAACAUCCUCCACUUCCUCACAGCUGAGGAGAGGAAGGUGGAGAAGCAGUACUGGCUCAUCACUGCCUUCCAUCCCAGAGGAAACCUACAGGAGUACCUAACGCGCCAUGUGAUCAGCUGGGAGGAGCUGCAGGUGCUGGGCAGCUCUCUGGCUCGGGGUGUUGCCCACCUCCAUAGUGAUCGCCUCCCCUGUGGACGCCCAAAGGUGCCCAUAGUCCACCGUGACCUGAAGAGCUCCAACAUCCUGGUGAAGAACGACCUGACAUGUUGCCUGUGUGACUUUGGCUUGGGACUCUGUCUGGACAGCAGCCUGUCUGUGGAUGACCUUGCCAACAGUGGACAGGUGGGUACAGCACGUUACAUGGCUCCAGAGGUGCUAGAGGCCCGACUCAAUCUGGAGAACAUUGAGUCCUUCAAACAGACUGACAUUUAUUCCAUGGCCCUGGUGCUCUGGGAGAUGACAUCGAGGUGUGAAGCUAUUGGAGAGGUGAAGGAUUACGAGCCUGCAUAUGGCUCUAAAGUGCGAGAGCACCCCUGUGUGGAGAGCAUGAAGGACAACGUGCUGAGAGACAGAGGAAGACCGGAGAUCCCUAAUACCUGGCUCACACAUCAGGGCGUUGCGGUUAUCUGUGCCACCAUAAAGGAAUGCUGGGACCAUGACCCCGAGGCCCGACUCACUGCCCAUUGCGUCGCUGAACGCAUCACUGAGAUGGAGGACGAGAUGGAAAAACUUUCCAGCCGCUGCUCCUCAGCAGAGAAGAUCCCUGAGGAGCUGAAGUUCCCAAUAGAGGUGGAGAUCCCGGAGAAAGAGGUGAAAAUCACAGAAAUACAGGACAUCAUUGCUGUGGACUGCUCCGUGAGCGACGAGAAGUGACCAGAAGCCCUGCAUCCUCAUGGAGAUUUUCAACAAGGGCACUUACUCUGCUUUAAUGGGAACUCUUAAAAGUGAUUUUCAGGAGCUGAGCUCUUGCAGGACUUUGGGCCAGGUUAAGUUGAGUCACAGUGUCAUAUCUAAUUCUAACCCAGCAAAGAUAAACUCUGGGUAAAGCCUUUGAAAUUCAGUACUUCUAAGAUGUAACAGCUCGCUUUAAUCAGCUGAAAAAGCUAAAGAGCCAAAAAGCCAGAGUUAAAUGGAAGCUUCCAUAGAUGUGCUGAGCAUUGGAGACAGUAUUUUUUAUGAGUCAGACAGGCAUCUCUCUGAGCACAAAAGUUACUCUGUUUAUAAGAAACGAACAGGGAAAUAACUAUUAAACCAAAGACAUUUAAUGAGCACUUUACCAUUUGUUACUUACACAUUACAGAUGUGUUUGAUUUUGAUACCUUCAUAUGUUCUGACAUGUUGGAGUUAUGAAAGCUUUUGCCUAAAAGUGCCUUUGUGUGUCCAACUUUGAGCCAAAAUGUCAUCAGAGAUGUCGCCUCAACACAAAUGAUGCCGUGGACUCCAUCCUAACCAGCAGGGUAUUAAAGGAAUGUGUGUGUGUGUGUGUGUGUGUGUGUGUGUGUGUGUGUGUGUGUGUGUGUGUGUGUGUGUGUGUGUGUGUGUGUGUGUGUGUGUGUGUGUGUGUGUGUGUGUGUUUGUGAAGGACAGUGUUUGUCCUUCUGUGUGUAACCAUGUAGUUUUUAUCCAGCUAUACUUACGUCUUGUUUGCCAGAGAGGCAAGAACAAUGUACAUAGUGACAAUAAUUGAAUAUAAAAUACAAAUCAGCCAAAAAGGGAAAGUAAUCCUACUACUUAUCUUUGAAUGCAGAGAUUAAAAGACUUAAUAGAGAUGUAUUUUUUAAAACAUUUUGUAUGUUUUCUGUUUUCUGCAACAGGUAACUGAGGAGUGUGCCAAAGAUCUUUUACCCUGCUUUACAUACAGUAUGUGUCAUAUGUAAAAUAUUGU